UGGAUAUUUUGAUGCUGAUGGCAAACGCAGCGGUUCAAGCGAUUAAGUCCGCAUCCUAAUUAAAUUAACACUCGCAAAACAAGAGCAAGAUGGUCUGGUUGUGGUUUUUGCUCAAUCUCUUCAUCACCGUUCAUUCCAGAAAAAUUGAAGAUCCAACAAAGAAUAAUAAUUCUGAAGUGACGCAGCAUAAUUUGAAUUUGCCAACAACUGCCGCAAACCGUUGUCAAGAAAAUGAGAAUUCUCUGCAGAAGAAAUGGCAAAAUAUAAAUGAUGUCAGGCAGCGGCUGGUUGAGCUGGAAAAAAUCGCCAAUGAGGAAGAGUCAAAAGACGUCUGCAAUCUUGCUCGUUCAACAAAUUUGACAACCCUUUCAAACGGAAAGAAGUACUUUUUCUCUUAUCCGACCCAGGGAAACUGGAGUGAGGCUAAAAAGGGCUGUGCCGAGCGGGGCCUCCACUUGACCGCUUUGAAAAAUCGAAUCGAUUUGGACGCGGUUUACCAAAAGGCGACGCAAAUUGCCACAUGGAAAAGUUGGUUUUUGGGAGCGAAAAACUACGGGACGAAGGACAAACUUGAGUUUCGUUGGUUCGACGGAUCGAAAUUGGAGGAAAAUGACAAGUUGUGGGCCGACGAUGCUGACAAAAAAAGGGGCUGCGUCAGAAUUAUUUCUUCGUCAAGCAGUUUUCUAUUGGAAGCGACUUGCAGUGUCAAGAAAAACUUCAUCUGCGAGCUGCCCAGCGAAUGUUACUGAUGACGACAAAAUUCUUUGAAUAAUCCGAUUUUCAAAACAUAGUCAAAUUGUAAUUUUUUUCGAUAAAAUUUGAUAUGGAUGAAGUUUAAAAAUUAAAACUUUUAUUUGUUUUUGUUAAUUGAAUGUUAAUAAAAGUUGAAAUAAAUCAAACUUAUUAUAUUAAAAAUAAAAUUUUUGCUGAUUAAUUGAUUUCAAA